CAUUAGGGUUAAUUUAAGAAUAGUUACUCAGUUUAAACACAUUAAAAAAUAUGUUGAUUUGUAGUAAGAAAAUACACGUGCAUUUAACACCCUCAGUGUUCAUGACAACAUGGCUGUGACAAAGCAUUUGGUGGUUCUGGGACUUUUGUUCUUCUUUACAGAUGGGAAAAAAUGUCCAACAGACUGUUUUUGUUUUGAAGAAGAAAUUGACUGUUCACAAAAUCAACUGUUGGAGAUUCCUGGGGAAAUUCCGCAGAGUGCCCGAAGUCUUAAAAUGAACUUUAACUUUGUUACUACUUUGGAUGCUAAAAUCACACAACCCCUAAGGAAUUUACGUACACUGGAUUUGCACAGUAAUAAGAUUCAUGUCAUCAAAGUGGGAACAUUUGUGGGAUGGAAUUCCUUAGAAAAAUUGGUAAUUUCUAAAAAUGUCCUCAAAAGCCUCAAUAAAAAAACAUUCUUUCAAAUGAAUAAAUUGCGGACUCUGAUUUUAAGUGACAAUCUCAUUGAAAAGAUAGAUGGUGCGAUAUCACAUUUAACAUCCCUGGAGAUGCUAGAUCUGUCUGGAAACAGGCUGACACAACUCACUGCUGAGUCAUUUGUGAAUUUACCAAAACUUAAGAAUCUAAUUCUAAAACAAAACGACAUCAUUUCUAUUGCCAAGGAAACAUUUACCUCUCUACCAUCACUGGCAGUGCUUGACAUUGGAAAUAACCCACUCAUCAGUAUAGAUGGACUUUUAUCAUCCAAUUCCCAAUUAUCAAAGAUUGAUGUCAAGAAUUGUCAGCUUGAAAACUUUCCAACUGGAUUGCCGAGAUCUGUCAUUUUUAUUGAUGCCAGUGGAAACAACCUGACUCGCAUUGAUAAGGACGCAAUGACCUCUGACCCUAUGAUUCUUACUCUGAAAGAUAAUAUGAUUACAGAAAUAGAGGAUGGGGCUUUCUCACGACUCCGCAGAUUAAGUAAAUUAGAGCUACAGAACAAUAACCUAACAAGAAUCCCAACAAUACCUAAGUCAGUGCACCAUCUAAAUCUUCAAAAUAACAACAUUGAUCACAUGGAUGCCACCUCAUUUCCUGAGAAUUCUACACUUGAAGAGUUAUUCAUUCAUAGGAAUCUAAUUUCUAACAUCACACAGAAUGUUUUCCAGAAUAUCUGUAAACUUAAAAAGCUCAGUAUAGGGGAUAAUCUCUUUCAAAACCUAAGUUAUAGGUUGUUUUAUAGAGUGCAAAACCUGACAUAUCUAAACAUAGACAAAAUACAUAUUGAAGAAAUUUCUAACAAUGUAUUUGAUAAUUUAAACAACCUUCUAACAUUGUCCAUGUCAGGAAUAACUAAUUCAAAAACUUCAAUUCGAGGAAAUUUUCUUCAACCCCUUUCAAAAGUAGAAACACUAAAUCUCAAGAAUAGCCCUGGUUUGGCUAAGUUCUUGCUAGAGUCUGGUGAAAUGCAGAGGAGUCUUCAAUAUGUAUCCAACCUGAACCUUGCGGCAAACAACCUAACAACUCUUCCGCCCGGUAUUAUGCGAUGUCUGCCUUUUUUGGAUUACCUGAAUAUCUCUGACAACAAGUUCCACUGUGACCAAAGAUUAGCCUGGCUUGGACAAUGGAUAAAUAUUGACUCCAGUAAGUUCACCGAACCAGAUAGAAUUGUCUGCUCCACCCCAAAACAACUCUAUGGUCAAGCAAUCGGCCAAAUGAAAAACUCCGAUUUUGUUCCAACAACAACCAUCUCUCUUAGUGACACAAACAAUGACAACACUGAAAUUUUCUUUCCUACCGAGAAGCCACCAAAUCAAGGCAGCAGAUCGGAUAAGCAGUCCCCGUCAGCUGCUUCCACUAACAACCAGUUCAUCACUCUAACAGUAUCAGUGUCCGUGUUUAUAAUUCUUGUAGCUGUGGGCUUCGUCAUUUUUCUUGUCUGUCGACAAUCUAGAGGCCUGGUCUACAACAGAUCCACCAUCAUCAACCAUCCACCCCCUGUGAACUUUUUCAUCUCAAAUGAGGAAAAUGCCCCCGUUCCUCCCCCAGCUAAACUAACAAGACAGGAUCGUAGUUCUGUCACCUCACAGACAUCUCGAGACAUCACCAGUGAAGAUCAGGGAGUCAAAAUCUAUACAUGGAGUGGUUAAUUUAUUCUCUAUACAUGACAUGUUGUGUUUCAAAUACUUAUUGUAUCAAAUCACUGUCCCUGUGAAUUAAAUCUAUCAAAUGCUUUUGGAAUGCUAAUAAUAAAAUACUCUAAGAUGAUUCUAGGAUUUCCAGAAUCAUCAACCUGUAUAACCCUUUUUAAUGUAAGUUAACUGAAAUGUGUACUUUAUAAUCAUCGGUUUAUUCAAAAGACAAGAAGGAUUUCUUUGACUUGAGUUUCAAUUUUCCUGUAUAUGAGUUUGGAUUGAUCUAACAAAUUUAUUUGUAAAUUAUUCAAUUGUAUUUUUGACGUUAGAUGCACAUGUAGAUGAUAUCAUUAAGAAUGCAGUGAUGAAAAAAUACAUGUAUAUUGUGACAUCACAAACACAAAA